AUGGCAACAAUAUUCGUGUUCACAAACAGGUGCCCGGAAACGAUCUACCCCGGCGUGCUGACGAGCCCAGGCAAGCCGGGCUUCCCGACCACCGGCUUCGCGCUGCCGCCCGGCCCCGACGCCGCCUUCCCGGGCGUCCCCGCCGGUUGGUCAGGCCGCAUCUGGGGCCGCUACCGCUGCGCCACCGACGCCUCCGGCAGCUUCGGGUGCGCCUCCGGCGACUGCGCCACGGGGCGCGUCGAGUGCGCCGGCAACGGCAACCAGGCGCCGAGCACGCUGGCCGAGUUCACGCUCAACGGCCAGGACGGCAAGGACUUCUACGACAUCAGCAACGUCGACGGCUUCAACGUGCCCAUCCAGAUCCUGCCGUACGGCGGCCCGGCCGGCGGCUGCGCGACGGUGACGUGCGCCGCCAACAUCAACGCGGCGUGCCCGCCGGAGCUGGCGGCGAGGGCGGCGGACGGCAGCACGGUGGGGUGCCGGAGCGCGUGCGGGGCGUUCAACACGGACGAGUUCUGCUGCCGCGGGGAGUACGGGACCCCCGACACGUGCAGGCCGAGCAGGUACUCGGAGUUCUUCAAGGCGCAGUGCCCGCAGGCCUACAGCUACGCCUAUGACGACAGGAGCAGCACCUUCACCUGCGCGUCCGGCGGCAAUUACCAGAUCCUCUUCUGCCCUUGA